GACUAAAUUGUAGGACCUGCAACUUUAUGAAAUACUACAUAUAUAAAAUAAUGUCGUCGAUGACAACAAGACGGCAUAAAUUCGAUUCGUGCCAUGAUCAGAUUGCCGGAAAGCAUAUUCUUCGUCUCAUCUCAUUUGAACCAUUUGCAGAGAGUGACAAGUAAGGGCAACUAUCCAGAAUCAGUUACAACUGUAAAUUUCUCCAGUCUGCCCCUGACGUGGCCUAAACGCACAGCACUUGUUUAUAGACUCCGUCUCCCGGGCGCUUUAAUUCAGUCGCUAUUUGUUUAGAGUCAGAAUGGAGAAUUGUGCUGAUAAGCCGACGAUCAUGGUAACAAACGACGACGGAAUCGACGCCCCUGGCUUAAGAGCCUUGGUCCGUGUGCUUGUCUCCACCGAUCGUUACGACGUCCUUGUCUGCGCUCCCGAUUCGGAAAAAUCGGCAUUUAGUCAUAGUAUAACUUGGCGUCAUCCUAUUGCAGCCAAAGCAGCAGAUAUCGAUGGAGCAGUAGCUUUUGCUGUAGCUGGAACUCCAGCCGAUUGUGCAUCUUUGGGUCUCUCACAAGCACUCUUUCCUUCAAUUCCUGAUCUGGUAAUCAGUGGCAUAAACAUGGGUAGCAACUGUGGUUAUCACAUUGUUUAUUCUGGGACAGUUGCUGGUGCUCGAGAAGCUUUCUUUAAUGGUGUACCUUCUGUCUCUAUAUCAUAUGACUGGGUUGGAGGUAGAAGCACUAUUCAUGACUAUACACUUGCUGCUGAGGCUUGCUUACCUAUCAUAAAUGCAAUACUAGCUGAGAUUAGGAAUCAAACCUAUCCCAAAAGAUGCUUUCUGAACAUAGAUCUGCCAACAGAUGUUAACAAUCAUAAGGGAUACAAACUCACCAAACAGGGUAAAAGCAUAUUCAAAAUGGGGUGGAGACAAGUCAGUUCUGAGACACAAGGAGUCAGAAUGUCAUCAACUAUGACCAUGGAGACAGAUCAACCAGCAGAAAAAACCAAAACUGAUUCAUCUACUGUAUCACAUGAACAUAUGUUGUUCACAAGAGAGGUAAAGGGAGCCCACAUUGCCGAUCCUGAUACAGACAUGCAAUAUCUUCGAGAAGGAUAUAUUACUGUCACUCCACUUGGCGCCCUUUCUGAUGCAGAGAUGGAUUGCCAAGUCUUCUUCAAAGAUUGGCUACCAAGUGUUACCGAACGUGUCUCUGUAUCAGCACUGUAGUGCUAUUUCCUUCAGCUGAAUCGAUGAUCACGAGACCACUGUGUUUAUGUUACAAGGAGUUUCAAGUUCAGCCAUUGCCACAUGAUUUUUUGUUUAAACUCUUGCAUGAAUCAUUAUUAUUCUCCUGCCUUCAGAUUGCCAUGGUUCUCAUGUAAUGUCAAUGGACUUCGUCAAAAUCUAGUAUUUGACGUUGAGAGGAACCAUUAUUGAUCAAUUUGAUAGUUAUCCUCCUACCCAUAGAUACGAAGUGUUUGCUGUCGUUAAGAGACUAGGUGAAAACCUAGGUUGUGAUUAUCAUGAAUGCUGCCAGAAUAAUUUGCCAUCAGAUUUUUAUCGCCUUCUUCA